AUGUUUUUGAUUUGGGCUCUUUUGGCGACAGCCGCUUUGGCAAAUGUCGAGGAUUUGAUUGGGACCUGGACUACCAAAUCUCGUGACGUUAUUACAGGUCCAGGAUUCUACGAUCCUCUCAAUGACAAGCUACUCGAGCCAAAUUUGACCGGCAUUUCAUAUUCAUUCGACGACAAGGGACAUUAUGAAGAAGCAUACUAUCGCGCAAUCUCAAACCCGGCCGAUCCAAAAUGCCCAGGAGGAAUCAUGCAAUGGCAACAUGGUUCCUACACUGUGUUCGGAAAUGGAACUAUGAUAUUGAAACCAAUUGCUGUCGAUGGUCGCCAGCUGCUAUCGGAGCCCUGUCGGAAGAAGACCGGCUACUACACACGAUACAAUACCACCGAAGAAUUCAAGUCAUUUUCCGUCGGUAUUGAUAAAUACCAUAAAAUCAAACGUCUUGACUUGACUAGGGCCGAUGGUUCGGUCCUUCAUCCCAUGUACCUCGCCCACCAACCACCAAAGAUGCUACCCACCACAACGCUGAAUCCCACGCCAAUGGGGCACAAGUCAAAGCGUGAGCUAUCGUCACAGACUGGAUUUCGUCUAAUCAGCAGGGACGAGCUGGUUAACCCAGACCGCUGGUGGUGGUUAGGUGUUUUGAUGACAUCCGUUGGAGGAGUAGCUUUCUUCUAUUCAUGA